UUACCAAGCAGGUCGUUUAAACUUGAUUUAGUUUUAGUCUCUUAUUUAAUGUGUAAUAUUUUUAUCUUUUAACGUCUGUUGUCUUGUGUUUUAUUUGCUUUUCUCUCUUUAAUUGUGAAGAACAUUGUGAUCUCUGCACCUGAGAAGUGCUGUAUGAAUUAAAUUACUUACUUUUAUUUCUGUUAUCUGGUUUCGUUCGGUUGUUAUUUAGUUGACUGUUCAAACAAUCAAACAUGCCAGUGACAUGUUGUGUUUGUCUUCAUUUGGCAGGUAUAGACCAACAUACCAAGACAACACGGGUGAAAGUAAAUAUCCCAUGUUCAGUCUGGCUGUGAGCAUCCCAUACGACGACAAGAAGAAAGAGUACGACAUCAGUCAAGUCACUAACUCUAUGUUUGACUCUCCUGCUACAGUGAAGAAUUCGAUUUUAAAAUGUAAAGUUUACAGGGGCACGAGGGUGGUUGCAGCCACAGUUCUGAAAUGGCCCAAUGUUCUGGACCAGUGUCCUGAUGAAGAAGUACAAUGGUCUAUUGUUCGGGGGAAUUGUAAUAAAAAGCCUAAGACAUGGGCUGACCUGAAGACAGAGUGCCCUAAUGUAGUUUAUAGAGCUGAUCAUGCCGAGUACCGUGUUCUGGAGAACUUUGACACGUUAAAGAAUCAAAACAAAAAUGAUUUCUUGCUUUUCUACGUUCUUGCUUCCCCAUGUGGUGACAAAUGUACAGCCAUAAAUACAGCCGGGAGCAUUCUCAAAAGCAUAAAACAGAUUAUGAAGUGGAAGAGCUACGCUUUGGUGUUUUCCGAUGUAUUCCAGCCUCUAGGUGAUAUAGUCGUAACCGAGGAGGAUCGCAAAGGAGCGCUUCAGCGGCUUGGGACAAGCAUUGGUCUGAAAAACAUAUACCGUGUUACCGACAGCCGCUGCUCACGCUGCUCUAUGAGUGAUAACGAUGACGUCAUCCGCUUCUGUUACACAGACGAACCACAACCUGGUCCUAGCCACAACAAGCCAUCCGCUUCAAACAUACAGCCUCCACGUGGCAGAAGUGAUUCCCCCUCACGAAGUGGUCAGGGUGAGAAAGACCAAAACAACAAGAUUAAUAAGAACGCAGGGGUUUCGACUAAUGUUGGCCGUAAUUCAGGAGGGGUGGUGGGUCAGGGUGACAGCGGAGGGGGGGAGGGUGGAUGGAUGACACCCAAAAAAAGAAAAGGUAAAUAAGACGACUGAAGGUGAAGGUGUUUCCUCCUCACAAAGUGGCCUCGAGGUCCGUAAUAGCAGCUGCAGGGAAGCAACUAGCAAGCGCAAACCUUCCACCAUUGACAGGUUGUGAUACUCUGUGGUACUCAGAGGUGAUUUUCAUUUUGUUUCAGAUUAAAGAUAAAAAGGAAGUCUGCUGUAAAUGAAGCUCAGUAUUUCCUCCUGUCACUGUAAACUGAACCUCUGUAAAGUGUUCUGUUCUCUCUCAUUAAAGCUUUGGCUCAGCAUCAA